AUGAGAAACUAUCCUUCAAACUUCACUGAGGAAGUCUACACCGGGUCCAAAUCAUCACAUAUCGAUGAAGAGCUCUGCAAUACUGAAUCCCUCAGUAUCAAUAAGGGCACUGUCCACAACCUUAACCGUUCCUUGUCCACUAGACACAUCAACAUGAUUGCCAUUGGUGGAACUAUAGGUAGUGGAUUGUUCCUUGGUACUGGUAAAAGUUUGGCCAAUGGUGGGCCGGUUUCUUUACUUAUAUGUUAUCUUCUCAUUGGUGUUGUGGUGUAUAUCACAUUACUUUCUCUCGGUGAAAUGUCAACAUUGAUGCCAAUUAGUGGUUCCUUCUGUACAUAUGCCCGUCGUUUUGGUUCUGAGUCUCUUGGAUUUACCAUUCUUGCCAAUUAUUGGUUCAAUGAUGCUGUCUCCGUUGCAUCUGACUUGACCGCAUUGCAACUUAUCCUUAGUUAUUGGACAGAUUUCCAUUACUGGGUGAUCUCCUUGAUCGUUUGGGUCGUGUUACUUGGCCUCAAUGUCUUCCAUGUGAGAUUUUAUGGGGAGACCGAAUACUGGCUUGCUUUAUUGAAAAUCAUCGCCAUUCUUAUUUUCUUUAUCAUCAGCAUUGUUGUUAAUGCUGGCCAUAACAACCUUCAUGAGUAUAUUGGGUUUAAGUAUUGGUCUAUUGGGGAGGCCCCUGUGGUUGAUGGAUUCAAAGGCUUUGCUAAAGUGUUCGUCACUGCCUCAUUUGCUUAUGGUGGUACUGAAUCUUUGACUUUGACCGCUGGUGAAGCUGUCAAUCCUGUCCGUAAUACUCCAAAAGUUAUCAAAACUGUCUUCUGGAGAAUUCUUUUUUUCUAUGUGUUGACCGUUUUUUUCAUCGGUAUGAACGUUCCUUACAAUUACCCUAAUCUUAGUACCGGAAAAGUCAUCACCUCUCCAUUCACUAUCGUGUUUCAAAUGGUUGGUGCUAAAGCCGCUGGUUCAUUUAUGAAUGCUGUGAUUUUGACAUCGGUGAUCUCUGCUGGUAACCAUGCCUUAUACGCUGGCUCCCGUUUGCUAUAUACUUUGGGUACAGAUGGAUACUUGCCAAAAUUUCUUACCAAGACUAAUCGUUACAAGGCUCCGUAUGUUUCUGUGAUUAUUACUUGGUUUGUUGGUGGCCUUUGCUUUGGCUCUUCUUUUAUUUCUGCCGGUACAUUAUGGAGUUGGUUACAAUCCAUUGUCGGUGUCUCUAAUCAACUCUCUUGGUGGACCAUUAACAUCACUGCUCUCAGAUUCCGUCGUGGGUUGAAAGAACAAGGGAAAGUGAAUUAUUUGAGAUUCAAGAAUUGGACCUAUCCAUGGGGUAACUACUUUUGUGUAGUUUUCAUUACGUUUAUUGUUUUAGUGCAAGGUUGGUCCAGUUUUGCCCCUUGGGAUGUCUCCAGCUUCUUCCAAAACUAUAUUGAAUUAGGGGUCUUCCCACUUUUAUACUUGAUUUGGUGGUUUUACAAAAGAGACAGUUGGGUUAAAAGUUCCGAGAUGGACUUUGAAACUGAUAGAUAUUUCGAGACCGAAGAAGAAUUGGAGUUGAACGAACGUCUCGAUGAUUUGAAAGGGUGGCCAAAAUGGAGACACAGAAUUCUUGAAUUUUUCUCUUGA